AUGUCCGACGACGCUCACCAGUGGGAACAGGUAGCAGAGCUCCACGGCGGCAGACCAGUCGCAGAUUUGCGGAUCACCCCCCAGAUAUCCUUGAGGUGCCAUGUAGGUCAGUUUCUUGGUACUGCCUGGCCGCUGGUCACAGUGGACCAGUGGAUCAACGAGAACCACCUUAUCUGGACCCUCUGUGCCGCCCUCGCAGCCCACGGCCAAGACAGUUACUGGACACGCUCAUUUGAGGACACCCACGGCGCCCAGUGGGAUCAGAUACAGGCGAGUGUGGAGCAAGCCCAGGGUGCUGACCGAUUCCUUCUAGCUAUCCCACCCCCUCCUUUGGCGCUGGCUGUGUUCCGAAACAGCAAUAGGACUGCGGGUCAGAACCACGUUAUCACGGCCACACCUGCUGGUGUUCCUUCCAACGGUGGUCUCCUGGAUUUUUUGCGGUAUGUGUAUCACGGAGGAGUUACCUUGGCUGAUGUCUUCAUUGUAGCUCUUCAUGGCAGGGAGUUUACUGGUCUCGCGGCAAUCUCGCCCCCGUACGCUCCCCUGGGGUUGCCAGACCCGAAUUCGGAUGUGCCAGUAUUGGUUCUCCCUCCUGCACAUGGAGAUGACACCCCUCUCCCCCCUUACCGCGAUGCCACUCCACCUCCUCGUUACUCGCCACCUCCUCCUUACAACGACGACUCUUUUGCUCCUCCUGAUGGCUCCCAAUGA